AUAAAACCCCCACACCCCCGCACAUCGCCCAGUCGCCUUCUUCCACAUUUGCAUUCCACCCCCCGCGCACAUCUCGCCGACUUGCCGUCACGAAGGACGCAGCGCCGCGGCCCGGCAGGCAAGGCAAUGACGAUGAUGGCGCCGCAGCCGCAGCCCCUGCCUCUGGCGCAGCCGCCGGCGGCGGCGGCGUUUGGCGACACCACGCUGACCAAGGUGUUCGUGGGUGGGCUGGCGUGGGAGACGCACAAGGACACCCUCCGCGAGCACUUCGAGCGCUACGGCGACAUCCUCGAGGCCGUCAUCAUCUCCGACAAGCUCACCGGCCGCUCCAAGGGCUACGGCUUCGUGACGUUCAAGGAGGCGGACGCGGCCAAGAAGGCGUGCGAGGACGCCACCCCCGUCAUCAACGGCCGCCGCGCCAACUGCAACCUGGCGUCCCUCGGCGCCAAGCCGCGGCCCCAGCCGCCGCACCUCCUCCGCCCCUCGCCGCCGGCCACCCCGGCGCCACACGCGCCCGCGCUCCCGUCCCCGCACCAGCCCGCUCCAGCAGCCAUCGCGGUGGGGUCCAGGGGCGUGUCGCCGGUGCCGUGGUACUACCACCCCUCCACGACGCCGCCUCCGCCUCCGCCGCCGCCGGCCGCCCACUACGCCCACGGCGCGCACCAGCAGUACCACGGCGUGCUCCCCUUCUACCCCGCCGCCACCACCUACGGGUACUCGCCGAACUACGUCGCUGACCUGAGCUACAACGCGAAGCUAGGCCAGGCUGCGGCUGCGGCUGCCGGCACGGCCGGGUCCUACAUGCAGGGGCACUUCACGUACCCGGCGGCGCAGGGCGGCAUGGUGGCGCCCAACGGCAUGAUGCCGGUGUACCCGUUCUACCACUACCAGUACCACGGCUCGCAGGGUCUGGGCGUCCCCGCCGCGCACUUCUUCCCGCCGGCCUCCGCGGCCGCCGUCGCCACCGUCCCGGCCAUCAUGUCCAAGCCCACCGUCAUGGCCCCUCCUCCCAAAGUGGAGCAGGUGACGGGUUGCAGCUGAAGGCAAGGGCGCAUGAUGAUGGCUGGCUGGCUGGCGACGGUGAGCGGCGGCAAUGAAAGGGGAAAGGAGGCCAAAGGGUGCUCUGGGUUUUUAACAGGCUGCACAUGAAGGGUGUCGUCCGUCUGUCGGGGGGGCCGAAGAGAAGGCCGCCGCAUUGCAUUCGUUCAAUUCCCUCUCUCUCUAACACCGGCAAGAAACCAAAAAAAAAAGUCUGUAACAAAUGAUUCGAUUCGUCUCUCGUUUACCACCGUAUUUUUCCAAUGGUAAACCCGUUACCAGUGUCUGUAGUAGAAGUCCGGUCGCUGCAGGGGACAGUGAACCUCAAUAAAAAUGUCAUAAUCUUUCGUCGUCA